AUGAGGCUGGAGCGGUCCUUGCCGCUCCUGGGGCUCCUGCUGUGUGCAGUUGGCACCGCUGCUCAGCAGGACGAUACCGAAGCACAGCAGGAAUUCCUGGUGGAGAUUUCCGGAACCACGGUGACAAUCACGUGUCCCAUCACUGAAGACAGAAUAGAGUGGCAGUUAACUGGGACAAGAGUCAGCGGUAAGAAGCAGCAUGUUAUAGACAACCAUGACAGCUCUCCUGUCAACGUGAGUUGUUCAUCAGGUGAUAAGAAGCAUGCGAUGUACCUGAAUGCCAGAGUGUGUGCAAACUGUGAGGAGCUGGAUACCCUGGCAGUGACGGGGAUCAUCACUGCAGAUCUUCUCAUCACCUUCGGGGUGUUGAUUCUGGUCUAUUACUUCAGCAAAGACAGGAAGGGGAGAGCGAGCACUGGUGCUGGCAGUCGACCACGAGGUCAGAAGAUGCAGCGUCCUCCCCCUGUUCCAAACCCGGACUAUGAGCCCAUCCGGAAAGGCCAGCGGGAAGUGUAUGCGGGCCUGGAAUCCAGGGGCUUCUGA